AUGGCGACAAACUCCAUUAAGCUCUUGACUGGCAACAGUCACCCCGACCUUGCUAGGGCCGUGGCAGCCAGGCUCGGCAUCGAGCUCACCAAGAUCAUGGUCUUACAGUAUUCGAAUCAGGAGACCAGUGUUACGAUCGGAGAAUCUGUCAGAGACGAAGACGUAUUCAUCCUGCAGUCCACGCGACCCAACGACAUUAACGACGGGCUCAUGGAGCUGCUCAUCAUCUGCAAUGCGUGCAAGACCGCCUCUGCCCGACGAGUCACCGCUAUCCUCCCCAAUUUCCCCUACGCUCGGCAAGAUAAGAAAGAUAAAUCUAGAGCACCCAUCACUGCGAAGCUGAUGGCGAAUAUGCUGCAGACUGCUGGAUGUAACCACGUCAUCACGAUGGAUCUCCACGCUUCACAAAUCCAGGGCUUCUUCAACGUUCCUGUGGACAACCUCUACGCGGAACCCAACUCGGUCAAGUGGAUUCGAGAAAACUUAAUGCAUGCCACGGAGACAAAUGCAGAGAUCAACGGUACGAAGCAGGACUGCGUCAUCGUGAGCCCAGAUGCGGGUGGUGCAAAAAGAGCUACCUCUAUGGCGGAUCGCCUUGAUCUCCCUUUUGCACUCAUCCACAAAGAGCGCUCCCGGCCCAACGAAGUCAGCCGGAUGACUCUUGUCGGUACGGUCCACGGGAAAGUUGCAAUCCUUGUCGACGACAUGGCAGACACAUGCGGUACCCUGGCCAAAGCAGCCGACACCCUGGUUAAGCAUGGGGCCAAGGAUGUGGUAGCGCUUGUGACCCAUGGCAUCCUGUCAGGCAAAGCUGUUGAAAUCUUAAAAGGUUCCAAGCUAUCCCGUCUCGUGAUCACCAACACAGUGCCGGUUCCAGAGGAGAAAAUCGAGGCGUUACGGGUUGAAGACGGGCAGGCUGGAUGCAGGCUGGAAUUCAUCGACAUUGCUCCAGUGUUGGCGGAAGCGAUCAGAAGAACUCAUAAUGGUGAAAGUGUGAGCUACCUGUUCAGUCACGCUGUAUGA